AACUUGAACGUCGACACCACUACAUGUAUUGGAUUGGGAACCCGUUGGUAUAACUCUAGGUUCGUGUCCUGUUCACGAUGUCUGUGAACGCGCUAACUUCCAUCGCGGAUUUUGAGAAGUCUGCGCACGAGAAGCUGCCGGAUUUUGCCUGGUCGUACUAUAGUCGUACUUCAGACGCCGGACAAACGUACCAAGAUAACAUCGAGGCCUUCCGACGGUACCGCCUCAUCCCACGGAACCUCCGUGACGUCUCCAUCCGGGACACCUCGGUAACGGUGCUGGGGUCCAACCUAGCCAUCCCAGUAGCCAUUGCGCCAACUGCCUUUCACCGUUUUGCUCAUCCUAAUGCGGAGUUGGCGACCACCAAGGGCGCCACCGCCAUGAAAACAGGGAUGGUGUUGAGUUCUUGGUCUAACCACUCUCUUGAGGAGGUUGCUGAAGCGACUCCUCGCGGGAUCCGCUGGUUCUAUAUGCUGUUCUACAAAGACCGUAACCACAUGAAACGUCUGCUGGACCGGGCAGAGCGUGCGGGAUAUAGCGCCAUAUUCCUCACCAUAGACUCACCUAUCUUCCCAUUCUCUACUGGCAGGCCUGCCCCCGGGGCUAUCCCGGUUCCUCUUAGGUUUCCGAACGUCUUUGACGAAGAACCGCCCCAUGCCAUCGGUACUGCGGAGUACCGACAGUGUUUGAGAGAUGCAGUAAAGGAACCGGCGACGUGGGAGGACGUGGAGUGGGUCAGGGAGAACACCAGGCUGCCUGUCGUCUUGAAGGGGAUUCUCUCAGCGGACGAUGCCAAGAUGGCUGUGGAACGUGGAGUGAACGGCAUCUAUGUGUCUAACCACGGCGGGAGAGAACUGGACGGUGUGCCGGCAACUAUAGACGUCCUGCCCGACAUCGUCCGUGCUGUGGACGGUAAGGCGGAGGUUUACCUGGACGGAGGGGUCCGGACUGGGACGGACGUGCUGAAGGCCUUGGCGCUGGGGGCCAGAUGUGUGUUCAUCGGCAGGCCCGCACUCUGGGGUUUGGCACAUAACGGGGAAGAAGGAGUCCAGCAAGUUCUACAGAUUCUGACAGAUGAACUCAGCCUGGCCAUGGCUAGGACAGGUUGUUCCAAGAUAUCCGACAUCCAGCCGUCACUUGUUGUGCACCAGUCGUAUUAUGGCAUACCACCUGUCAAAGUAGUGCCGAAGUCUAGAUAUUAGGUAAUAGGACCAAAGCACACAGAAUACAGGCAAACCUGUCAAGUGACUACCUCUACAUAAGCACUAUAUUGUGAUCCCUCAGAUAACUUUUGCCAUUUGUCCACGUAGACCACGUUUUAUCGAUAUUUGUUGAAUAACCUUCACGCCGUGGCAUAACGACUGUGUUGCAAAGCACAUCAAAGUCGCUGGAGUCGCUUCAUACCCAUGUGCCCACAGGACAUUGCAAAAUGCCACAGGGUCGUUUUCCACAGAAGUACACAUGAGGAAUUUGGCAUUUGGCAAAUAAUGACUUUGACGACCAUUGAUGUGGUAUAAUCAAUCUCUUGUUGUGGCUCAGCCCUGUCCAAAGGGUGUCUUGACUAUGUCACAUUGUCAGUUAAGAUAGACUCAGUGCUGAGGAAACGGGUAGUCAGUAGAGUGUCCUGUUUCCAGCUUGUUGUUCUGUCUCGUAAGUCCCCACGUAAUUUCCCUGCCAUUUCCCUGGAUCUUUUGGUGCUUCUUCAUAAGGUGUAAAAUUCAAGCCUUUGUUUUCUAAAUCUAAUGAGAGUAAUUUAAUUUGGACACUACACAGCGCAUUGAAAUCAAACAACACCGUUUCCAGCAUAUACGUGAUAUGGCUCUAGCUGAUCAUAAAGAAGUGGUCUAUCAGACACUAGCGGAUACAUACUAUGAAAACUCAAUAGUGUGUACAACAUCAUCUUUAUUUCACUCACAAACAUUUUGAAAAAGGACACGUUUAAAAACACGAAUAUAUACAAGAUGAAGGCUAAAAAUACACCUCGGACAACCCCUUAGACAGAUACACAAAGAU